CUCGGCUAUUGUGGUGGCGGCGCUCUCAACACGGCCGCCGCCAACAUGGAGAUGACGAAGAACGGUAGGCCGGAGUCUCGUCCGAAAGAUGGAAAUCGGGGACGUGAAGGGAGCUCUUGUGCACCUAUUUCAAAUCGUGAUGGAAGCGGACGAGGCGACGAUAGCCGGGCACGCCGUAGCUCCAGAGAGCGUGAGCGUUCGCGUUCUCGAGGACGAACAUCAGCUUCGAGCCAGCAGGAUGGACGCCAUGGUGACAGAAGAGGCAUAAAUCGCUCCUUGGAUCGAUCCCAUCGAACUCAGCGGAGUCAAGAGAGGUCCACACUUUCAAACCGACGACGCCACGAGAGUCCCCCUAGACGGAAUUCCAGUCCGCAUCGCAGGCAUUCACCUAGACGUGGCACAACUUCUCCAAGGCGGCAUAAUAGCCCCUCGCGACGUGAUUCCAGCCCGACCCGCAGGAACGUCAGUCCUCACAGACGAAACCACAGUCCACAACGGCAACGCUCUCCAUGGGGACGAGACAAGCGGUCUCCGCCUCGUCCAAGUCCCCGAAAUGAAAACCUUGCUCCGCGCUCCGGCGACAACAGCGCCCUCGAUCGCCUGCAGAAGAGUCCAGAUCCCUCCAGAGGUUCCAUCCCUGCGAAACUCCAAUCGACCAUCUCGUCCUUCGCUCCGACGUCCCGGGAGGCUGAUCGUUGUGCAUCCUUCCAAGACAAGUCAACUCAGAGUGAGGUACAUUGCCGCGACGGUCAGGACGCCACGGGCACUCUCGACAAGUUGACGAGCCGAUGUCGGUCUGCCGACGACCGGCACACAUCGGCAGAAAACGGCGCGUCCGCCCGUGUCGAGGAAACGCACAACCCAUCAAGGGAUGACAUAUCCAGUGCAUCCAAAGCACGGCAAAGUGCUCUGAAUGAACACUGGAAGAAGUCGUCGAAGAACGAUUCCAAGGAGUGCAAGGAUGGAUCCAAGCGCCAGGAAGCGUCGAGUCAUGGGACGGAGAAGUCGGUCAAGGAGCGCGUUCGCUUUGCAGAAGACUUGGUCGACCAACCGCGCAAGUCAAGAUGGUCGUCUACUGUGCCCAAGGACUCGGACGAAGUGCGAAAAGAAGAUCGCAAGGAUAAACCCCGACUCCAUGGCGUCGUCGACGGUGGCGACUUGAUCACUGACACAGGCAUCGAACCUCUUGCGAAAAAGCAGCGGCUCAAGAAAGAAGAGAAACCUGCGCGGCCACCCCGACCUGUGUACACCGACCCGAUGACCGAGGUGUGGGCACAGAGCUGGACCAAUGUGUGGCAAAAGCAUCGCGAAGCCAACCGAAUGGAGACCAAGUGCCUGGUUACAAAGGGCGAUGUCAGCAUUGCGUCGUUCAUGGUGUCUCUCGCCGAAUCGGAGCUCGCGUUGAUCGGCCAACGCAUCCAAGCCCAUGAGGCACGGCUGCAACAACGCGAGCGAGAUGGCAUCGUCGAUGACGACUUGACCGUCCUCCCACCGUCACCGCCCGAUGAUGAAACGUAACGAAACAACGAUUGAAUUUGAAACGGUCGUAACUUGCGUGAAA